AAAAGGCACUUUUUCUUUGUACACUCCCAAAUCGAUCAAAACCCGAAUAAAAAAACCCUAAUGGGCGGAUUCUCGAUCAUUUCCCCCCUAUUUUAUACUUGCGCAUCACCUGAUUAGAGGAGAGUGCAACAUAGAUUCUUCGCCUUUAUCUUAAUCUCGUAGUGCGCCGAUAAAGAACCAUGAGAGCGUCCCACUGCUGCGAAUCGUGUCAUUAUUUUAUCCCAAUCGUGUCAUUAUUUUAUCCGAUUCUUGUUCUCUUGUCACAGAAAGAAAUCGCUUUUCUCGUCGUUUCUGCGCAUAAAAUUGCAUAAAGAUGGCACCUUUCUCGCCCCCAUCGCGUCUUCCCAAUCCCGAGCCUUCCGAGAACCACAACACCACUCCGGUUAGUGUUCGGUGGGUGCCAUCAUGAGGCUUGUGCUGGGAUUCCGAUGUUUUCCUGCAGCAUGGACUGGUCGAGAAGCACACCUCCCCCACUCCGGUUCUCAUCUACCUCGAGAGCUCUCAGAGUAGUGUAGUGAGAGACUCCUUUCUCUUCCUCUCUUUCAUCUCUCUCUUUGUCCGGGCUUAGGAGGUGUUCCUUUUAUUAGCUGCCAUUUAAAGCCGGCUUUUAAUGCGGUUCAGGGGAGCUUCUCCUGGCCAUCUCCUCCAGCUGGCUCCGAGGGAGACUUGUGUGGUGUGGCCUUUUGUUCUGCUGCUACAGUGGAGUGGUAGGUUCUACUAUAGCUGCUGUUUUCGCCUCUUCUGCUUUCAAUAAAAAAGGGUCUUUUAAUGCUUGGUUGUGGUGUUGUGAGGGAAGAGGUGACUUAAUGCUGGCUGGUUCAGUUUCACUUCAUUGUGUAAAGCAGUCGCCAAAGCCUACCGCCAGCCACCAUCUUCCUCUCGUGGGCCCUUUCAUUUUAUUUGAUAUUUUGGAUUACCUCCGUUGCUUGCCACUGUUCACAUAAGCUUCCUUUUCCUUCUGCUUCCGGAUUUUGAGGCAGAGUCUCCGUGAGGAAUGUAAAACUUGAGGUGGAAAGCAAAGAAGAUCACAUUCUUCUCUGAAUGAGGCUUGUUCAACGGGGCUGUUGAUGAAUUUGUAUGUCCAAGCUCAAAAUUAAAUGCUAGCUAGGAAGGGAAGGAAUGUAUUGUGCACAACAUAUUGAAUGUAUUUUGCUUUAGUUAUCCAGAUAGCGCCUCCUAAAUCUAGAGGCUGAAGUCCUCUAUACAUCAGACUUUAUCGAUUUGGAAUUAGCAAGUUAUCUGCGUAGGAUGUCAACAAGAGGAAAGAAACCUCAGAUGCUUCGUGCCUUCUCAUUCUUCAUCAUCCUCAUUCUCUGUAUGCCCAUCUCGGAUGCAACUUACACUGGUGAUAUCGAGAAGUUGUUCACUCUCAGAGAUUCACUUGCUGAAAGAAGAAUAUUCCUAUCUAGCUGGUUCAAUGUGGAAACUCCAUGCAACUGGUCAGGCAUAACUUGUGCUGGUCCAACAGUCCAGGCUAUAGACUUAUCUUACACGCCCCUUAACGUACGAAUCCCGAGCUGUCUUGGGGAGUUCAGACAUCUCAGAUUACUGAACUUUAGCAGUUGUGACCUGUCUGGUCAUAUUCCAGAAACAUUUGGAGAUCUGCAAAAUCUACAGUCCCUGGACUUAAGCAAGAAUCAUCUAUCUGGAGUCCUUCCUUCUUCACUUGCAAACCUGCAAAUGCUCAGGGAACUUGUGCUUGACACCAAUUCCUUCUCUGGAGGCUUGAGCAUUAUAGUUGGGCAUCUUAAAGGUCUCACAAAGCUUUCUAUCUCAGGGAAUUCUUUCUCAGGUAGUAUUCCACCUGAUAUAGGGAACUUACAGAAUCUGGAGUAUCUGGAUUUGAGUGUGAAUUCUUUCUCUGGGCCACUACCUAACAACAUGGAAAACCUCAGGAGACUCUUGCACUUGGACGUUAGCCGAAAUGAGCUGUCUGGGUCCAUAUUUCCUGGCAUUGGUUCACUUGGAAAUAUUAUAACCAUCGACCUUUCUUCCAACAGCUUCACAGGAGCUCUGCCAAGUACUAUUGGAAAAUUGACAAGUUUGGAAUCACUUUGGCUGGGCCUGAAUGGCUUCACUGGGAGUCUUCCAUUAGAGAUUGGCAACAUGAAGAUGCUCAAAGUUUUCUCUGUCCACAGUUGCAAGUUAACAGGAAUUGUUCCUGAGGAAAUCUCUAACCUGAGAAACUUGACAAAUUUAGAUAUUUCAGAGAACAAUUUUGAAAGGGAACUACCGCAAGCUAUUGGAAAUUUGGUGAACCUUAUGUACCUGGUUGCUGCUGAUGCUGGGUUAAGUGGGUCUAUACCAGCACAGUUAGGAAACUGCAAAAAUCUAAAGAUCCUAGAUUUGUCAUUCAAUUUCUUUUCAGGUCCUCUGCCUGGGAGCCUUGCUGGACUAGAUGCUGUUACUACAUUUAUUGUAGAAGGAAAUCAUCUGGAAGGUCCCAUUCCCACCUGGAUUUCAAAUUGGAAGAUGGUGAAUUCCAUAAGAUUGGGCAAGAACCUUUUUAAUGGAUCUUUGCCUCCACUGAAUCUGCCAUUUUUGACUUCAUUCUCUGCUGAUGCCAACCAACUCUCAGGAGAGAUUCCUCCAAAGAUAUGUGAUGCCAAGUCUUUGUCGUCUCUCUCUUUAUCGGAGAAUAAACUGACUGGCAGCAUUGAGAAAACUUUCAAAGAAUGUUCUAAUCUCACUGAUUUGGUCCUAGUGGGGAAUAACUUGUAUGGUGAAAUACCAGGCUAUUUGGGUGAGCUUCCCCUUGUGACACUGGAAUUAUCACAGAAUAACUUCUCUGGAAUGGUUCCUAAUCAGCUGUGGAGAUCUCCGACCAUUCUGGAAUUAUCUUUGAGCAACAAUCAGCUUAAUGGUCACAUUCCAAGCAGCAUUAGUGACAUUUUGGAGAGGUUACAACUGGACAAUAAUUUCAUUGAAGGAACUAUACCAAAAUCAAUCGGCUAUUUGUGCAACCUCACCAAUUUGUCUCUUCAUGGAAAUAAAUUAUCUGGAGAGAUACCACCAGAGCUUUUCAACUGCACAAACAUGGUGGCACUGGAUUUGAGCUCGAACAAUCUGACCGGUUCAAUUCCAGGAGCCAUAUCUCAGCUGAAGUUGCUUGACAAUUUGGUCUUGUCUAACAACCAACUUUCUGGUCAUAUUCCCUGUGAGAUCUGUGCUGGGUUUCAGCAGGUUGCUUUCCCUGAUUCAGAGUUCACACAGCAUUAUGGUAUGCUCGAUCUUUCUUACAAUAGUUUAACAGGUCAGAUUCCUUCAGCCAUUAAGAAUUGUUCCGUGUUAAAGGAACUAAGGUUGCAAGGCAACAUGCUCAAUGGAAGCAUCCCUCUUGAGCUGGCAGACCUAACGAACCUGACCUUCAUUGAUCUGUCAUUCAAUUCUCUUAGUGGUCCAAUUCUUAGUCCGAUUUUUGCUCAGCUUUCUCCCUUGCAGAACCUCCAAGGUCUUCUCUUGUCAAACAAUCAAUUUGAUGGUCUCAUUCCGAGUGACUUGAGUUUGAUGCUCCCAAGCUUAGUGAAGCUCAAUUUGUCAUCCAACAGGCUGACUGGUUCCAUUCCAAAGUCUAUAUUUGAUAUCAAGACAUUAACAGAUAUCGAUAUAAGCCAGAAUUCACUUUCUGGACCAAUCCCAUUUACUGGCAGCAUUGCUAGGGGAACAAGCUCCCUUCUGAUAUUCAAUGCCAGCAACAACAAUUUAAAUGGUGCAAUAUUGGAGUCAGUGUCAAAUCUGACCUCCCUUGCAGUCCUUGAUCUCCAUAACAACAGUCUCAUUGGAAGUUUGCCAUCGUCACUUUCCAAACUUGAUUAUCUGACUUAUCUUGACCUGUCUGAUAAUGAUUUUCUUGGUGAUAUCCCUUGUGGCAUUUGUGGUAUCACUGGACUUUCUUUUGUCAACUUUUCUGGUAACAAGUUAGACAGGUACUCAGAGGAUUGUGCUUUAGUGAAUUCAUGUCUGUCACACCACAUCCUUUCCUCUCCCGUUGUACCUUAUCCACCAUCUCCAACACUAACUGAAAGCUCAGUCUGGGGUAUUACUCUUGGUGCAGCUAUAGGAUUGGUAGCUCUGCUAUUUGUUUUUCUUAGGUGGAGGGCAAUGAGGCAGAAGUCUUUGGACCAUGUCUCUGCUGACAAGGCCAACUCAGCAAUCAUUGAGCCAGCCUCCAGUGAUGAGCUACUGGGAAAGAAGUUGAAGGAACCAUUAAGCAUCAAUGUAGCCACAUUUGAACAUGCUCUGCUGCGGCUAACUCUAAGCGAUAUCUUGAGAGCUACUGAGAAUUUUAGCAAGGCUCGCAUUGUAGGUGAUGGUGGUUUUGGCACUGUCUACAAAGCAGUUCUGCCUGAGGAAUGCAUGGUUGCAAUCAAGAGGCUUUAUGGUGGAGGCCAGUUCCAGGGUGACCGGGAGUUCCUGGCUGAGAUGGAAACAAUUGGGAAAGUGAAGCACCAGAACCUUGUUCCACUGCUCGGGUACUGUGUCUUUGGUGAUGAACGGUUCCUGAUAUACGAGUACAUGGAAAACGGGAGCCUCGAGAUAUGGCUGAGGAACCGAGCUGAUGCUGUUGAUGUGCUCAGGUGGCCUGUAAGAUUUAAGAUUUGUCUAGGAUCUGCCCGUGGCCUUGCCUUCCUGCACCAUGGUUUUGUGCCUCACAUCAUACACCGAGACAUGAAAUCCAGUAACAUUCUGCUAGACAGAGACUUUGAGCCAAGAGUCUCAGAUUUUGGUCUUGCACGUAUAAUCAGCGCAUGCGAGACGCAUGUCAGCACUGAUCUAGCAGGGACAUUGGGGUAUAUCCCACCGGAGUAUGGAUUCACAAUGAAAGCCACCGUGAAAGGAGAUGUUUACAGCUUUGGGGUGGUGAUGUUGGAGUUGCUGACAGGAAGGCCUCCGACGGGAGAAGAGGAAAUGGAAGGUGGUGGAAAUUUGGUUGGUUGGGUAAGGUGGAUGGCAGGGCAGGGAAAGGAGGCUGAGGUGCUUGAUCCAUGCUUGUCAACUGGUGGCCUUUGGAGGGAGCAGAUGAUGCAGGUGCUUGCGGUUGCCCGGGCAUGCACAGCUGAUGAGCCAUGGAAGAGGCCCAGCAUGCUCGAGGUUGUAAAGAUGCUCAAGGAGGUCAAGAUGAAAGAGGCCGGUGACACAGUCACCAGAGAUGUCUGAUCUGCAGGUAUGUGAUUGAGGAGAUUCAAAGUAACACAAUCCUUAUCAUCAUGUAUCAUAUUGGAAGUUAGGAUGCAUACAACUAAGCUAAUUGUAGUAAAAUGAAAUGGUAGAUUUUAUAUUUUAUAUGUGGAGGUGACAUUCUAGCUCAGUUAGAUCACUCUAAGGACCACCGAGCUUUCUACAAAUUCACUUGUAAACUUAGCAUCGCUCUAAAAUUUUCCUUUCCUGGAAAAGUGGUUUCUUGUCCUUAAUGUUCCCUCCAGAAAUUAUGAGACUUGGAAUUUGUUUGUUAUGCUGAUGUUGUCGGCACUGA